AUGUGUGAGGACAAACUCGAAGGGUCUAAGUGCAAAGGGCAGCUUUUGAUUUUUGGGGCCACCAACUGGGACUUGAUUGGUCGAAAAGAAGUGCCUAAGCAACAAGCUGCCUACCGCAAUCUCGGUCAGAAUUUGUGGGGGCCCCAUAGAUAUGGCUGCCUGUCGGGGGUCCGGGUGCGGACAGUGGUGUCGGGCUCGUGCGCUGCCCAUAGUCUCCUCAUCACCACGGAAGGGAAGCUGUGGAGCUGGGGUCGAAACGAGAAGGGGCAGCUGGGCCAUGGUGACACCAAGAGGGUCGAAGCCCCCAGACUCAUUGAGGGUCUCAGCCACGAAGUGAUUGUGUCUGCGGCCUGUGGGCGGAACCACACUCUGGCCUUGACGGAAACGGGUUCCGUGUUCGCGUUUGGGGAGAACAAGAUGGGACAGCUGGGCCUCGGCAACCAGACGGAUGCUGUUCCAAGCCCGGCACAGAUAAUGUACAACGGCCAGCCAAUUACCAAAAUGGCCUGUGGGGCUGAAUUCAGUAUGAUAAUGGACUGCAAAGGGAACCUCUAUUCCUUUGGGUGCCCUGAAUACGGUCAGCUGGGACACAACUCGGAUGGGAAGUUCAUCGCCCGGGCGCAGCGGAUAGAGUAUGACUGCGAGCUGGUGCCCCGGCGGGUGGCCAUCUUCAUCGAGAAGACGAAAGACGGGCAGAUUCUGCCCGUCCCAAAUGUGGUUGUACGAGAUGUGGCCUGUGGCGCUAACCACACGCUGGUCCUGGACUCUCAGAAGCGGGUCUUCUCCUGGGGCUUCGGCGGCUACGGGCGGCUGGGCCACGCCGAGCAGAAGGACGAGAUGGUGCCGCGCCUGGUGAAGCUGUUUGACUUCCCCGGGCGCGGGGCGUCCCAGAUCUACGCCGGCUACACCUGCUCCUUCGCCGUCAGCGAAGUGGGGGGUCUGUUCUUCUGGGGGGCCACCAACACGUCCCGUGAAUCCACCAUGUACCCGAAGGCCGUGCAGGACCUGUGUGGCUGGAGAAUCCGGAGUCUGGCUUGUGGGAAGAGCAGCAUCAUCGUGGCGGCCGACGAGAGCACCAUCAGCUGGGGCCCAUCGCCCACCUUCGGGGAGCUGGGCUAUGGGGACCACAAGCCCAAGUCCUCCACCGCGGCUCAGGAGGUGAAGACGCUGGAUGGCAUCUUCACAGAGCAGGUGGCCAUGGGCUACGCACACUCUCUGGUGAUUGCCCGAGACGAAAGCGAGGCCGAGAAAGAGAAGAUCAAGAAAUUGCCAGAGUACAACCCCCGGACCCUCUGAUGGUCGCGCGCCGCCCGCAGCCCCACGCCACUCGCGGCAGCUGUAGGUUCCACGUGCACUGGGCCGGGACGCCCGAUGAGGGAUUUUCAGAAAGUGAGAGUUGACCGAAGGUGCAUUUUUGUUAGACUCCCUGCGGUUCCGUUUUAUAAGUGAUUCAACGUCAACUACCUUUUCUGUAUGUUUUCCAAAGUGGGUCCCCGCCCCCCACGUUGAAUUAAAAUAUCUGCUCAUAGUUGACUUACCAUUCCUACAAAAGAGGCAGAAACUUUGAGCAACCUAGGGGUUUUUUUGGUUGUUGUUGGCGUUUCUCUCCUGUCCCCCACCCCACCCCACCCCAAGAUCCACUUCUCAGAAUAUCCCUCUCCAGUCGUUAACUAGUGUUGUGAUCCGAGCGGGUGCUCCCUGAGAGAGGAGUCCCCACGGACUCAGAAAUGUCCCUUCCGGGACCCGGCGGCAGCGCCUAGGCUUGGGACAGGCCUGGCGGUGGAUCUCCCUCCAGACUCUGCCCGCCCGCUUCGGGAGCACCCAGGUCACUCCUUCCUGCUUCGUGUAGACCAGCCAAGGCUGCCAUGCUAUUGCUCUCCGUGGCUGCAACCUUAGUAGAAUCUGCCAUUGUCCCCCCUGGUGGGGGCUCUGGGAUCUGUGUUUAGCCGUUUUUAUCUACUUUAGCUGUAAAAGUCCAAAUGCAAAUCAGGUGAUUGUGGACCCAGUGGGGACUUGGGGGGCGGGGGGCAGACGUGGGGACAAUGUACCUGGUUCAAGGGCGGCUUCCGGGCUCUUCAGACGAGCUGGGGGCCGCCUCGCCAGCACUCGCCGUUAGAGAUUGAUCAGCCAGCAGUAAAAAAAAGUGCAUUCUGGAGUCCUCGCGCGGAAGGUUCUGCCCUUUCCAUGCCAGCCUUUACCACUUCUGUGCUUCUGUGUCUCUCCCCUGCCGGAUCCUGCCCGAACGGGCCCCCGUUCCGGAGACUCGGGCUCCUGUUCCUCUAACCCAGCUCUCUGGUCGCACUGCUUGGCUGUGGUACCAAAGAGUUGGGAUUCCUGAAGAAGAACCCCCCUCCCCCGCGUGUCCGCGCAGAUCCGCGACCGCCACCCCCGCUCCCACCAAGUGCCCCCUGCCCGAGCCAGUCACCGGCGUUGCGCUGCUCUGCGUGAGUUACGAGGUGCCUUUCCCGGAACCCCUCCUCUCGCUUGGACCCAGGAGAGGUGACAGCUCAGGCUGGGGCUCUUGGUUUCGAGAGGGUCUGGACUGGUUUGGGUGCUUUAAAAUAGAUUUUUUUUUUAGUUCCGUGGUGCUUCUGGGGGAGACGGGGGUAGAACUUCAGUGUGAGACUUGGGUGGAUGGGAAAGUUCAAUAUUGGUCCUUUUUUUAUUCUUUGCUUUGCUGUCUUUACCACUUGUCAUUGUCUUGAUGUUAAAAUGCCAAAAAUGA